UUUGGUUUCUAAUGGGAGAGACCUCUCUAGAGUGAGAAAGUGACUUUUGAAGCCAUGGCUAGCUCUUCCCAACCCCAAGUGAAGAUUCUUGAUGUAACUCAACUACCAAGCUAUGGUGAAUUAGGCACUGGUUCUUACACUGGUGCUUCCUUCACCGGAAGUUCAUCUCUCAGAGGUCUUAAUCUCACUUGUGACUUGGAAUGUCCUUUGAGCGUCACCUAUGUUGGUGAACACGCUCAAUUUUACCUUUAUGAGAACAAGAAUUGUGAACGAAUAAUGCAAGAAGAUGGUAUACGUAUAUACCAUUCCCUGCAUAGGAAUUAUGACUCAAUCGCAGAUCUCCCUACCUUAGGGAAACGAAUGAUGAUGAACAAGUGUUUUCCUUGGUCUGCUCGUGGACUUCGGUUUGAAGGGGAGAAUCAGUACAUGAGAGAGAACAACACCUGGACUUUUGAUGUGCUUUCUAAAGAUCUUGAAUCAUGUUCUUUAGCUGCAGCUUGCCAAUGUUAAGCUGGGUACUAUGAUAGAUGCUCCAAUACGAUAAGAGCUCUAUUGGAGACCUGGAGCUACAUGAGCAACAACUGGCUUCUUGAUCACGAUGAAGGGGGAAUUACUCUCCUUGAUAUGCAUUUUAUUGGCAGGUUACCCAUGUUAGGAGAAAUGUAUGAGGAGUUCAUCCCUAACAAUGGGGUGAUUUUUGGUACUCAACUCAUAAAUGGUGAAGCACCACCUCCUAGACUUCGUGAGCUCUUUGAAAUUUACCAAAUCUUACUCUUAGAUUUCAUCGUUUGGUAACAUUUCCUCCAUGGGAACUGUAAAGAUAAGGAGGAACCUGAUUCCAGUAUCACUUGGGAUGACACUCAAGAGAGGGAAAUAGGGAGUAAAGCAUAUGUGAUUCCUCCUCGGAGGUCUGAAAAGGAUCAUUUAUACUUGGCAGCUUACCUCACUCUUUUCUUGUGAAGUUUGCACUUCCGGGGUCAAGGAGCAAUGCACACUCUCCUGGGUGUUUCUUUGUGGCAUGCGAGCUUGCCCAAGGGCGUCAGUAUGCCCUGGCUCAGCCGGUUCUUUGCACUAUAUACCAAGGCCUGGGGGUGAUUGCCCUUGGCAAGGCAGUAUCUAGUGAGGGCAGUAGUGAAUCUUUCAAUGAGGAGGUCCUUCCUGGUCGCUUUACAAUCGCCUUCCCUGUCCACUACGUUUUUGGUUGGCUCUCAGCUUAUUUCCUGAAGACGGAUUCCCCUUAUUCCCCUGAGGCAUACGAGAUCGAUGAGGACCUGUCAGAGAAUAUUUGCCCCCAGAUGAUGAGAAUUGCCGGGAAGAAAACGACAUUCAGGGGCCCAAUGAGGCACUUCAAUUUCUGGCUGCUAGCUCUUUCUUUUCUCUUGGAAGCCCUUUCCCUGUAGGUGGCACCACUGACUAUGUCUUUACUAAUGCCUUUGGCGAUGUUUUUGAUGGCUACACCACUGAGACUCGGGAAGUGAUGUAUCUUUUAAGUGUCAGAAGAUGCGAUCUUCCUUAUCGGGGUGUCAGUGACAGCAAGAUUGAGGCCUAUUAUCCUCACAGAUUUGCACACUAACAUGACUUGGACCAGGGAUGUUCAUUCUCAGUGCUCUUAGAGAAGAAGUAUGGAAAGAACAGGGCUUUGCAAGACCAACAUGCUCUAGGUGUGAGGCGUGAAUCCUGGACAGACAACGAUAUGCGAAUGGCAUGGGAAACUUGCCUUACUCUCACUAGGCUGAGGCAGUUCGUUGUUCCCCACUAUGGUCGUGUCGGCCAUGCUAUUGAGAGCCAUUGGUAGCAGUGGAACAUUACUAACCUCUCUUAUUGGAAGGUGACGUAUGAGUAGAGAGCCAUCAAUUCCACCAAGGGUGAUACAAAGAAUGAAAAACAUUUCACGCCUCCCAUAUUUUCGAAAGUUUGUGAGCCUGACUACCAUUAAACUGGAAAGAGCUCAGUAUGCCUCAGUCAUUAGCUGUAAACCAUGCUUCCAUUCAUUACCUCUCCCUUGAGGGUGAAACCAAGUCCCUCUUUGAUAAUCUUUGCUCUAUCUUUAGUUGGACGAAGGGGCAUGCUGUUUCGGGCCACAAGGGACACCCCAGACAAGAUCUUAAUGCUUUGAUAAGGAGUGGAUCACACUCAACCCUAGCUGCCAAGUCUCGUUAUGGCCAGCACACCAGGAGUGCUUUUGCAAAGACAGGGAUCAAGGCAACUCAAGGUAAAAUAGCAAAGAAGAAGGAUGUACCAGAGAGUGCCGAAUCUGAUGCUACUUUAAAGCCAGAGGUUCGUCGAAAGAGCGCUCGGUUGAGCAAAUGAACUU